AUGGAGGCCCUCAUCCAACUAACUCCACGGGUCCCCUCGCGCUGCACCCUCACAUGCCACGCAGCGGCGCCCAAAGUGCCCCUCCCCAUCGCCUUGCUGGCCUCCCUCGGAGACAACUCUAGCAAGUGGGACCCUGCCGAGUGCGACGCCCUCCUGUGCGUUGGGGAGCAGGUCGCCUCCGUGCUGCAGGAGAUGCUCACGCUGAUGUUGGACAUGGAGAUGGAUGGUGCAUUUGAGCCCGUUGCUGUGGAGCUGGUGGCACAGGGAGUUAUUGGGAAGAGAGUCGACGACAUGGAGUCAGGCUUCCUUAUGGAACUUGAUUACAUGAUACAACUUGCACAGAAGGACGCAGAUGAUGAGCGUAAGUCUCUUCUUGAGGUAAUUAAGCAGACAGUGCUAGACCAUCUGACAAAGAAAUGUCCUCCACAUGUCCAGGUUGUUGGACUCCUUUGCCAGACUGAAAAGAAAGAGAGCAGGCAUGAAUUGUUGCGCCGUGUAGCUGCUGGUGGAGGUGUUUUUAAGAACGAUAAAGGUCAUAAGUGCCAGAUUCCUGGAAAAAAUCUUAGUGACAUUGCAAAUCAGGCAGAUGAUCUACUAGAGUCAAUGGAAUCUAGGGACACCAUUCCUGAUCGAAAACUUCUUGCAAGACUAGUUAUAGUAAGAGAAGAAGCUCGGAAUAUGAUGGGAGGUGGCCUGUUAGAUGAGAGAAAUGAUCGUGGUUUGACUACCCUCCCUGAGGCAAAGGUAUCUUUAAACUUGGAAAUCCUUAUGUGA